AUGGCAACAAACCACCACGAGGAGAAGGAUAUCUCCAUCAACUACCUCGAGCAGGUGGACACUGCUGGAGACACUGCAUCCGACAAGAUCAACGAUGCCCGUAUUGAGGCUUUCACCCCGGAAGAGCAGAAGAAGAUUAUCUGGAGAAUUGACCGUCGCCUGGUCUUGACUCUUGGUUUCCUGUACUGUGUCAGUUUGAUGGAUCGUACCAACACGGGUAUUGCCGUCGUUGCUGGUAUGGGAGUCGACCUUCUUCUCAUCAAGGACCGAUACUCGAUCAUCGUCCUCGUUUUCUUCAUCCCUUACGUCUUCUUCCAACCUCCAGCAACCGUCAUCCUCCGCAAAGUUGGCCCUCGCGCUUUCUUGCCUACCAUCACUCUAUUCUGGGGAAUCACCAUGAUCGGAAUGGCUUUCGUCAAGACCUGGACACAAUUGAUCCCCCUCCGUAUCCUUCUGGGUAUCUUCGAGGCUGGCUUCUUCCCUGGUUGUGCGUACCUCUUGUCGUGUUGGUACCCUAGAUACAUGCUUCAGAAGCGUAACGCCGUCUUCUACCUGAUUGGAUCUCUUUCUUCUGCUUUCUCUGGUAUCCUCGCAUACGGAUUCAGUCAGAUGGCCGGCCUUGGAGUCGGUGAUGGUCUUGGUGCUCACUACGGACCUGACAAGCUCCACCCUACACGCCCCAGAGGCAUCGGCCCUGGUCUCGCAGGUUGGCGUUGGAUCUUUAUCAUGCAAGGACUGAUCACCUGCAUCCUCGCCAUCGGUGCAUACUUUACCAUCGUCAACUUCCCUGAGAAGGCUGCACAUGUUGGCUUUGGCCCCAAGUUCCUCAAUCAGAAGGAAGUCGACUUCAUUGUCGCUACCAUCGAAAAGGAUCGUCACGAUGCCAUCCCCGAGGAGUUCAAAGUUGGUCAAUACCUGAAGAGUGCUGGUGAUCUCAAGGUUUGGGGAUUCGCUGCUCUCUUCGGUCUCACCACCACCGUUACUUACGCCAUCGCUUACUUCCUUCCUAUCAUCCUCGAGGCUGGCAUGGGAUUCAACAAGCGUGAUGCCCAAUGCUUGAUCGCACCUCCCUAUGUUCUCGCUGCCAUCGUCACCUUCGCAUUCGCCUGGUUCGCCGACAAAUACCGCAUCAGAUCCCCCUUCAUUAUUGCCAACGCCGUUCUUAUGAUCAUCGGUCUCACCUGCCUUGGCUUUGCAAAGUCUGUCGGCGUUCGCUACUUCGGUGUCUUCCUUGCCACAGCCGGCUGCAACGCCAACGUUCCUGCCGUUCUCACCUGGCAAGCCAACAACAUCCGCGGCCAGUGGAAGCGCGCUCUCACAUCUGCUACCUUGGUCGGCGCAGGUGGUAUCGGUGGUAUCAUCGGAUCGACCGUGUUCCGCAAGCAAGAUUCUCCCGGAUACCGCCCCGGUAUCUACGCUACCCUUGGCGCAAGUGUUUUGAUCAUCAUCAUCUCGCUUCUUUUGGAUCUGAAGUUCUGGCGUGCCAACAAGAGAGCCGCUGCAGGUGGUAAGGUCAUUGAGGGCCUCCACGGGUUCAGAUACACUCUGUAA